AUGGAGGAAUCAAAGAGACACACUUGCUUGAAGCUCGAACCCAAAGACUCCGAUCCAAUCUUCGUCAAUGCCACCUGGUUCCCCUCUCACUUCAACCUCUCCGUCACCGACGGUCACCACGCUUGGAUUUGCCACGCGUCGGAAGAGGAGGUUAGGGAUCGGGCGGCUCAGUGGGACCAGCCGGUGCCGGAGUAUGUGGCGUUGGCCGAGAGGUACUUAGGGUUUCAGCAGCCCGAUUCCGUCUAUGCCUUCGCUGAUGCUGGGGAUGGCCACAAAAGAUUGUCCUGGACUUUUGAGAAGGAAGGGACUAAGCUACAGUGGCGGUGGAAAUGUCAACCGGCACCUGAUAGUAAGAAAACUACAGCAGAGACAUUGGAUUUUCUCAUGGAUGCAAACAUAAGGCUAAGUGAAGAAGUUGUCAUCAAAUCUCAAUCUUUCGAGAGGCUGAAAGUGGAAGCUGAGAAGUGUUUAGAACAGAGUGAGAAGAUAAGCAAUGAGAAAAUGGAGUUUGAAUCUACAUUAUAUGCAAAGUUUCUUGGAGUCUUGAACUCAAAGAAAGCGAAACUCAGAGAGCUGCGAGCUCAGCUUGAAAAAAAUGAUCCUGCUGCUGGGAAAUUGCCACAAGAGGAAGGAUCCACUGACAAAACAGAAAGUUUUGAUGAUGGAAGUGACGAUGGGAAAGGUGAGGAAGAAUCUUCAGAAAAUGUAACGGGCACUUCAAAGGGUGCUCAAACAAGUAGGUCUCGUGGUCGCAAGAGGACAGUGCGGAAGUAGUG